CCUCCCCACAGGUGCUCCGUGGACAACCGAGUCACCCGAGUGGCCUGGCUGAACGGCAGCAGCAUCCUCUAUGCCGGCAAUGACAAGUGGUGCUUGGACCCUCGGGUGGUGCUCCUGGCCAACACCAAAACCCAGUACAGCAUCCAGAUCCAGGAUGUGGAUGUGUAUGAUGAGGGCCCCUACACCUGCUCCGUGCAGACAGACAAUCACCCCAAGACAUCACGUGUCCAUCUCAUCGUGCAAGUGUCUCCGAAAAUCACCGAGAUCUCUUCUGACAUCUCCAUCAACGAGGGCGGCAACGUCAGCCUCACCUGCAUAGCCACGGGCAGGCCAGAUCCAACAAUCACCUGGAGACACAUCUCACCCAAAGCCGUGGGAUUCAUCAGUGAGGAUGAGUACCUGGAGAUCACGGGCAUCACGCGGGAGCAGUCGGGCGAGUACGAGUGCAGUGCCUCCAACGAAGUGUCGGCGCCUGUCGUCCGGCGAGUCAAAGUCACUGUCAACUACCCACCAUACAUCUCGGAUGCAAAGAGCACUGGGGUGCCAGUGGGGCAGAAGGGGAUCCUGCUGUGUGAAGCCUCUGCUGUCCCUUCUGCUGACUUCCAGUGGUACAAAGAUGACAAGCGGCUGGCUGAAGGACAGAAAGGGCUGAAAGUGGAGAACAAAGCCUUCUUCUCCAGACUGACUUUCUUCAACGUCUCUGAGCAGGACUAUGGCAACUACACCUGUGUAGCUUCCAACCAGCUAGGGAACACCAACGCCAGCAUGAUCCUCUAUGGCCCUGGAGCAGUGCACGACGGGAACAACGGCGCGUGGCGGCGAAGCGGCUGCGUGUGGCUGCUG